CGCCGUAACAAUGACGUCUUCCUAAGUGGUAAUGGCGGCCUAUACAGUUUGUAAGUUGUGUAAUACGACGGCGAGACAUCUCUUAGCAAAAUAGAAUAUAUGAACGAAUUGAAUGAAAUUACAUCGACAACUAUUGCAAAAUGUCUUCCAAAAGAGGGACUAUUGAUGUGAAAUUAGCCCGACAACGUUUAGAGUCUAAGCUCCAGAAUUUAAUCGAGAAAAAAGAAAGCCCAGCUUCUAGUGAACCUGACUGUGUUAACACUCAGCCUGAACCACCUCAGCGAUUGCCAUCACCACAACAAUCACCACGGAAAUCAAGUUUAUCCAAAGUCAGUCGGAAACGUAAACGAAAAGAAGAUUCAGCAGGGUCAGACAUUGGACAGUAUCACCAUACUCAUGUGAUGAAAUUAUUUGAUCGGAGUGUAGACCUGGCUCAAUUCAAUGAAAAUACACCUCUCUAUCCGAUUUGCCGUUCUUGGAUUAAAAAUCAACCUCACAACAACCUAAAUAACCAAAAUCGCUCUUCUAGUCCUGAGUCAGAUGCACAAACUGAUGAAGAUACUGUAAAUAAAGAUGGCAAUAUAUACCACUUACCAUCUCCAAUAAAAAGAGAAGAUCAAUAUGUUGAUUUACGGAUUCCUUCUCCCAUUCCUCAACUUUCAAGUAGACUAGAUAUUUAUGCUGAUCCUGACAAAGCUCCAUCUCAAGACGAUCUUUUAUUAAGUCACAUGACUCGUUGGAAGCGUAUUCGACACAAAUGGAAAGAAUCAUCCCGCCGAAACGAAAUGCAAUAUGCCCGUAGUUUGAAUUUGUUGAAAGAGAUGUUUGAUAGACAUCUAUGUAAGGAGUCAUGAUAUCAAAUUGGAAAAUAAUUCUUAUUUAGAAUGAUAUCUGUAAAAAAAAAAAAAAUUUAAUUUUAUAUUUUUUUUCUUUUCUUUAUCAGAAACAGAAUCAAUGAAUUUCAUUGCAUAAUUUAAAUGAAUAUUACAGAGGCAUCAUUUGAAAUUUAUUGUCUAAAGUGGGUAAAACUCAUCAAAUAAACUCUUUUGAUGAGUGACCAAGGAAAUUGUGAUCAAACAAGUAAAAAGCAGAUAAACUUGUUGGGACAAAACCUUCUCCAAAUAUACUUGGCUUCAAUUUAAAACUUCCAAUAAAACAAGAGUUUAUGUUUGUCCUUUAUAUUUUUUAUAAUCUGCUGUUAUAAAACAGAAAUUGUUCUUCAAACUCCUCUUGUAAAAUGUCAAAACAUUUUAUGACUGAAGAAAAAAAGGUAUUCAUAUUUCAGUGUUCUCUUAUCAAUUAUUUGAUAAUAAGAUGGUUAUGAAGAUGACUAAUUCAGUCAAAUCUUGAGCAGAAGACUUCACUGGAAUUGAUUCAUUAUGUCAACUGUUCAGGGUUUGAUUUUAUGCAGUCAACUUUGUCUUUAAUACAUCAAAAAAAGAUAAUACUGCUUGUAUACUGGGGUUGAUUUAAAGGUGUCCCACUUCUGCUAAAACUGGCCUUGUGCUUAGUAAGAAAAAAAUUAAAAUCUGAUUAUGGAAGCGAAUUUAAUGUGCCACAAAAUAUGUUUUAAUGACUCGAGUGAUUAUCAGCUUGUCUGUAAAUGACAAUUUAUCAUGGUCUAAUGAUUUGAAGAAGACAAGUUGUUAGAUUUUUGCUAUAUCUUUAAAAUGCAUGCUUUCUAUCUAAAUAUUGUCAACAAUAAAAACGAAAACAAAGAUCUAAGGUUAAGUUGAUUACUUAUUUGGAGGCAAUCAGUAAAGGGUAGAAAGAAAGCUUCUGGUAAGCUGAAUCUGUGUCCAGGUCUUGAUACCCAAUUCUAGCUGUUUUUCUUUUGCUGUUAUGGAAGAAAAGGUAACAUUUAAAAUACAUUUCUGACCAAUCUGAAACAAUGGAGACAAUCAUUCAUUGACUGGUAUUCUCUGAUUGCAAAGAGUAAAGCAAUGAGUUCUGUUUGUCAGUGAGAUUAAUAAAAAAUAUUGAUUAUCUUACAAUGUUGUAACUUAUAUAUUUACAUGUGAACUAGAUCACUCAUGCAGCACUAUUAGUUUGGAUAUGGAUGAAUAUAGAUAGACUUCCAGAUUGUUUCUAACAUUUCAUUUUGUUUCAAUAUCUCAGUCAAUCUAUUAUUUUUAUCUUUAUCAUCAAUAUGUACCAAUAUUACGUAUAUUCGUAACUUUACUUAUUUCCAUUAUGUUAAUGCUGUGUCCAUUGCCUCUUUUUUAAGUUUCUCAUAUAAAUCUUUAUGUAAAUCAAAUUUUUUUUUGUGUGUGUAUGUGUGUCUACACAAACACAGUAAAUGACAGGAAAACCUGAGUUUCUCUACCUUGGCACAUUGUAUAACUGAUAUAAUGUUAAAUAUGGCAGGGAAGAUUUGUUUAUGUUACACAAGAUUCAAAGGACAGCUGUCAAACGCUGUUUCUCACAUCAUAACAACUACUUUGAUAUUCUUAACAUUGGGACUGCCAUGUCUUUGGAACCACAUUCCUGGCAAUAACACCUAUGAAUUCCACAACUCCAGGCACCAAGCUUUAAUCAAAGAUAGGUCUUGUAAGGCAAAAAAAAAAAAAAACCAGAGUUGAAAGUCAGAAGUGAAGAAGACAUUACAAGCAACAGUUGUCAGCUGUCUCAAGCAACCAUCUUUGAUAUUAGCUUACUAAUAUAUUGUGUAGACAUGUCAAAACUACAUUUUAUGUUGUAUUAAAAACUGCACACAAAAACUAAAUCAAACUCACAUCUGUAUCAAUAGAUUUUCAUUCUUCUUACUCCCAAAACUAAUCAUUCUGCUGCCAAAAAUGACUAGCAUUUCCUUACACUUCUUUAAAUAUUCUUUAAAAGCUUGCAUAUCUAUUUUGUCCACUUUAUCAUAUAUUUAUUUAUUUAUUUUUAUGCAGUUGAAAAUUAAUUUUGUAGAAAAUUUCCAAAUUUUUCUUCUCACCAAACUGAUUUUCCCUUUUUUUUCCUCUCCCUCACUCACUCACUCUGUUUCCUUUCUCUCUUCCACUUUGUUUUUUUUUUCUUCCCUUCUCUUUCUUAUUGUCAUUCUUCCUCUACUCUCUCUGUCUCUGUCUCUCUCUCUCUUACACACACACAUUCACUCACUCACUCACUCACACACUGUUAACAAAACAGAACUUGAAUUUCAUUGUUGAAAUUAAUGUGAUAUUAACUUUUACAACCAAUAUAAUAUGGUUGAAUAUUUUUGAUGAUUGUAAAAAUGUCACUUCAUUAAAAAGAAUUAAAUUUUA